GGGCGGAGCUGCCGGAGUGUGGAAUGAGCUGCCGCGGUGAUGGCACGACGCAGAUCACGUGGCCCUGCGGCUGUCUUUGCACGUGUCACGUCCUUUAGGCGCUGUUGAGUGACGUGGCCCUGCGGCUAUCUUUGCACGUGUCACGUCUUUUACGCGGUGUCGAGUGACGUGUUUGCGCGAGAUGGCCGAUCGCCUGCUGAUUAGAGGAGGUGCGCACGUCCGGCGCGCGUUGCGAGGAUGUGCGCUCCGCGACAGGGCGGGAGCUGUUGGCGCCACCUCAUUCUUCUCUACGCUAUCACCGUCGACGUCGGGAUCCCCGCCGGCGGGGUCAUCGCAUGGCUGCACAGCGUCGACACAUGAUCGGCUCGAGGAUCGCGAUCCCAGCAGGCUGCGCACUGCUUUGCUGGCGCGCAGCUGCCCCGUUGACGGUGAGGCGAUCGGAUCGGGCGCCUGCGCUGACGGUGGCCGAGGAGGUAAUUGGUACGAUUGGACGCGGAAAGGCGGCCACGUGUCAUCCAAAGCGCUGAUCGCGGGAGUCAUACCCGUUUCUUACGUUGCAUAUUCGACGUCAGCGGAAGCCAAAGAAAUUCCUAACGUUAAGAUCCCCGGCGACGUCGUUCUCUAUCAGUACGAGGCUUGUCCUUUCUGCAAUAAAGUGAAAGCGUUUCUGGACUACCAUUCGAUCCCAUACCGUGUAGUGGAAGUUAAUCCCAUUGGAAAGAAGGAAAUCAAGUGGUCAACGUACAAGAAGGUGCCGAUUCUUGUGGUCGACGGCGAGCAGUUGAACGACUCCUCAGCAAUAAUUACGACCUUGGAUAAGCAAUUACAGCCGGAGAAGGGAGAAGAUGAUGAAGAAACAAGAUGGCGGAAGKGGGUUGAUGAUCACCUUGUGCAUACUCUCUCCCCCAACAUUUAUCGGACACCUGCGGAAGCUGUUGAAGCGUUCGAGUACAUCACAACGAAUGGAAAUUUCUCGGCGUGGGAGCGGCUUGUGUCGAAGUAUGCGGGGGCAACAGCAAUGUACUUUGUUUCCAUGCGACUCAAGAAGAAGUAUAAUAUAACGGAUGAACGGAAGAGUUUGUAUGACGCAGCCAACACGUGGAUGGAUGCUGUUGGACCACGCAAUUUCCUUGGUGGAAGUAAGCCGAAUCUGGCUGACCUUGCAGUAUUUGGUGUUUUGAGACCUAUUCGACAUCUGAAGGCAGGAGAGGAGCUUGUCCAGAAUACGAGAAUUGCUCCAUGGUAUCAACGAAUGGAGGUGGAGGUUGGCGAUUCCAUGAGAUUGUCUGAAUCCCAAACUUAAGGAGGCUUCAUCAAAACACAGGGCGGGUGCAGAACAUCAAUUUUGCAAAGGGUUUUGUAGCCAAGCUGGUCGCCGAUGGGAGUGCAUGCCUUUUGGAGGGCUACCUGAUGGGAGUGAAGCACACCAACGAAACGUGAGGAUGUGUGCAUCACCGGUGUAUGUGCUGUCUUGUUCGCUAAACACAACCCCACAAAAAGUGUCAUAGCUGUGACAAACCGUUUCAUCAGUAGGUAAAACCUCUUUUCUGUGUGCGUGCGCGUGCGCGUGCAUGCAUCCCUGCAUGUGAAGAUGUGUGUGUGUGUGUGUGUGUGUGUGUGUGUGUGUGUGAGAGAGAGAGAGAGAGAGAGGGAGAGAGAGAGAGAGAGAGAGAGAGAGAGAGAGAGAGAGA